AUGAAGUUAGUAGCAGACUAUGAUCUGGAGAUAGCUUACCACCAUGGUAGAGCUUACCUGGUUGCAGAUGCUUUGAGUCAAAAGCGGGCGGCUUCGGUUCAGGAGCAUGACAUGGAGUCAUUAGUGAGUGAGAUUACUGCAUUAAGGCUAUAUGCUAUCUCACAGGAGCCUUUGGGCUUGGAGGCAGCUGAUAGAGCUGACUUGUUGUCCAUGGUUCGGUUAGAUCAAGAAAGUGAUGUGGGGCUGGAUGAGAGUCUGAGGCAAAAGAUACUAAGAGAGGCUCAUUCAAGCAAAUUCUCUAUUCAUCCAGGAACGACAAAGGUGUACCAGGACCUCAAGUGGUAUUAUCAUUGGGUUGAGAUGAAGAAGAAUGUAGCCGACUAG